AUGGACAACGUCUCCUCACACAAACAUUUCAUCCUCGAUGGCUUCAGUGAACUGGGAGCUCUGAGGCCCGUCCUCUUCAUCCCAUUCUGCAUCAUGUUCAUCGUGUCGCUGUCAGCCAACUCCCUGCUGCUGUACAUCAUCAUCUCACAGAGAAGCCUCCACUCCCCGAUGUACAUCCUCAUCGCUGGCAUGGCGUGCGUGGACCUGAGCCUCCCAAUACUCUUUGUCCCCAACAUGCUGCUGAGCUUCCUGUUUGACUGGAGGGGAAUCUCUCUGAUUGGCUGCCUGGUUCAGAUGCACUGCAUUCACUUUAUUGGAACUUUUCAGUCCACGUUACUGGUGUGGAUGGCAUUGGACCGCUACUUCGCCAUCUGCACGCCACUCUACUACCAUGAACGCAUGGCGCUACAGAGGUUUCUCAGGUUUAUGAUCCCACCUGUGAUCAGAAACAUCCUCAUAAUCACAACGUUUGUGAGUCUUGCAGGGCCCUUGUCCUUCUGUGCUUCUAAUGUGAUAAAUCACUGUUUCUGUGAGCACAUGGCCUUGGUGGAGCUGGCCUGUGGAAGCACCACCAUUAACAACCUGGUGGGGUUACUGGCUGUGUUCCUCAUCCCUGUGGCCGACUUCAUCUUCAUCACUGCCUCUUAUGUGGUGAUAUUCAGGUCUGUGCUGAAGUCCGGCAGAUCAGGUUUCAAAGCUCUUGAUACUUGCAUCACCCACAUUGUGGUCAUCAGCAUCAGCCUGACUGUGGCGCUUAUUGCUUUCCUUUCCUACCGGAUCAGAGUUGGUCUUCCUGCCGCUAUUCAGGUUUUCUUCAGCACCAUGUACCUGCUGUUCCCAAGCUGCUUCAACCCAAUCAUCUACGGCGUCAGAACCACAGAGAUAAGAAAGCACAUCCUGAAGACGCUGACAUGCUGUCACUUUAUACACACUGUGUCCCACUCUUAA